AUGGUUGUGGCUGUAACAAAAAACUACGAUGGUGCUGAUGAUUUCUUUGAGCAAUUAGCUUUGGUGGUUAAUGUGGUGUGUGCUUCUUGUAAAAGAAAAGAUAUAAUACGAGAUAGUUACCAGGAAAUGGUUCAAAAACAAAUUGGUAAUGGUGAAAUUGGGACAGGAAGAGGAUUAAAUCAGAAGACUUCUCUUGUUCGAGCUGGGGAUACAAGAUGGAGCUCACAUUAUAAAACAAUAAUAAGUUUGAAGAAUUUGUUUCCGGAGGUUAUCAAGGUUCUUCAAUAUGUUGAAGAGGAAGGGUCUAGUUUAAAUAACCAAAAUCAAGCAUACGGUAUUUUGUCGUAUUUCAAGACUGUUGAUUUUGUGUUUUAUUUACACUUGAUGUUGGAGAUUUUUGGUCUCACGAAUACCUUGUCAAAACAUCUUCAAAGAAAGGAUCAAAAUAUUUUGGAAGCGGCUUCUUUGGUAAAAGUGACGAUGAAAACAUUCAAAGCUUUUAGAAAUAAUGGGUUUCCUUCAAUGUUGGAGAAUGUAUUUUCCUUUUGUCAUAAACAUAAAAUUAAAAUUGUGGAAAUGUCUGAAUUUUAUGUUACUCCAAGAAACCGUAGGACCAAUGUUACUAAUCAACAUCACUUUGAAGUUGAUAUUUUCAACAUGGUUUUGGAUAUACAAAUUCAAGAAUUUGGGGACCGUUUUAGUGAAGUGAGCACCGACUUGCUUCAAUACAUGGCAGCUUUCAGUCCUUGUAAUGCUUUUUCUAUGUUUGGCAAAUCAAAGUUGGUGAAGUUAAGCGAGUUGUACAAAACUGAUUUUAAUGAUUCGGAAAUGGUGUAUCUUGAUGGUCAACUUGAAUCCUAUUAUCACUCUUUUAUUGAUGAUGAGAGAUUUUCUAAUUUGAAGAGAAUUGCGGACCUUUCUCGUUUGAUGGUCGAAACCGGGAAACAUCUUUCUUUUCCUUUGGUUUAUCAGUUAUUAAAGUUGACUUUGGUUUUGCCUAUCGCAACCGCAACCGUUGAAAGAUGUUUUUCCGCAAUGAAGCUUUUGAAGACCAACUUACGUAACAAAAUGAGUGAUGAUUUUUUGAAUGAUGCUUUAAUUUGUAGUGUAGAAAAAGAAGCACUUAUGAAUGUUAAGAUCGAACGAGUGAUAGAGCGCUUUAGGAAAAUGUGUAAUCGUAGAGGAUAA